CCACUUGCAGCGUAAUCUCUUCCUUUUUUCUUCUUGUUACAACUCCAACUCUUCCCAAACAAAUCCUUCAAACUAUUUCAAGCAGAUCUGUUUCUUCUUUUGAUCUUAUAAUUAUUUCUCCUUUAUAUAAUCAACUUUCCCUAGCGUUUAUGUACCGCAUUUAUCGUAUUUGAAGCCAUGCCUUCUUCACUGCAGCUCCAUCCACCCCUUGCCGCCACCAUCGCCGGCUGCCGCCAGAAACAAACUCAUCAACAACCUACCACCGCCGCCACGUUGAAUAGGUUUUUCCCUCUUCCUUGCUGGAUCUCGCUGCCCGACACGGUGGCGACAUACCAUAUCCGCACCCUGGGGCCUAACCAAUGUUGUUCGGCGGUUGUCCAAGCCAUCGAAGCCCCUAUUGAAACCGUUUGGUCAAUAGUUCGUCGGUUUGAUAACCCUCAAGCUUAUAAGCAAUUCCUCAAGAGCUGCCAAGUUAUCGUCGGAGAUGGCAACAACGUGGGUUCCCUCCGUGAGGUCCAUGUGGUGUCCGGCCUCCCGGCGGCAUCCAGCAUGGAGAAGCUAGAGAUCCUAGACGAUGAACGCCAUGUGCUUAGCUUUAGCAUAGUUGGAGGUGAUCAUCGGUUGACCAAUUACAAGUCUGUCACAACCCUACACGGUUCACCCGACGGUAACGGGACAGUGGUCUUCGAAUCUUACGUUGUUGAUAUACCUGCCGGUAACGAUAGAGAAGAUACAUGCAGUUUUGUGGAUACAAUUGUACGCUGCAACCUUCAAUCUUUGGCUCGAGUGUCUGAAAAUAUAGCUAGAACAGAAGCAUUACCAGCUCCAUAAUUACUUCAAAAAAAAGGGGUCUUGCUGACGAUGAAGGUGACGGUACA